GAAGCGUCCUGUUGGCCAUCAUCUUUCAAAAACUAUUUUACCCCUAAUUCCAGAAAAAAGUUCCGACUAUUUGAGCACGUGAAUGCGUCAACUGUGAAAGAGGUUGCUGUGUCAGAGAUUGGGGUCGCGAGAGUUAUUAAGCUGUCUCGUCUGCUGAUCAGUUAUGCCAGUGUCGCUGCUGUUCGACAUACUCCUUACUCGGCGCUCAUCGCUUGUUUGCUGCUCGCUCCGUACUGGGCGAACACAGCUUUAGUUUCGGCAAAUUGAAAGCUUUUUCAUACAUACAGUUACACCGUCGUGAAGGCCGGGUGUGUUCGUCUUGAGGGCGCUGACAGGUGAACAGUUUGUCCCUUGUGUCGGAGUUCUUCGAGUUGCUGUCUCUUUCGUUUGCAGUCACACUUCGGUCAAAUCAGUUGAACUGCUUCCGCUUUAUUGGACAGCUCGCAUCUGGCGAUUCUCAUGUGUGCUAGGCAUAGCCCAAGCCAGCGAAAGGCGUAUGAAAACCUGUGUGUUCGUCGACAAACCUUGCCACAGAAUGGACGCCCAAACCGCAUCGUUUUUCAAGCAGCUUCGAGAUGAAAGCCCGCAGAACUUUCGGUGUAUCGACUGCGGUGCACCAAACCCGCAGUGGGCGUCGGUCACGUAUGGCAUCUUCAUCUGCUUAAAUUGCUCGGGCAUCCACAGAGGUUUGGGUGUUCACAUCAGUUUCGUCCGGAGUACGACAAUGGAUGCCUGGAAUGACAAACAGAAGAAAAUGAUGAGUAUGGGCGGCAACGCCCGCUGCAAAACUUUUUUCCAGGAGCAGGGCAUUGCAGAUCUGCCGAUCAAGGAGAAAUACACAACGAAGGCUGCAGCCUACUACCGCCACUUGCUUAAGUCUCAAGUGGAAGGCACGCCACCACCCCCUGCCCUUCAAGAAGGAGAAGGGAAGCAACCGGAAGCCAGCUUGGUUGGACCCACCCGAACCACUAGCUUCGGAAGCCGCAGCGGCUCGGGGAUCAAUCCAGUUCCGCCGCCGACGUCGGCAUCUUUCACGGAGAGAAUGCAGCAAAUGGCAAGCCGAAGUGGCUCUAACGUUGGGAAGGACUUCGGUACAGUGGCGGAUAGCGGUGCUUCUCAGGCGCAAAGCGACCAGAACGGGAGGAACCUGGAGCGAUCCCAGUCCAAGUGGACGGUCGGGUACAUGGGCGAAGGCGGUGCUGCUGUGUUGGAUAGUCUUGGUUCAGGUUUUGUCAAUUUCGUAAGUGGUGCGAAGGACUACACCAACAAAGCGAUUUCAACCAUGCGGGGCGAUAGUUUGACAGGUGUCGCUGGAGCUUCAGGAGAGGAAGAGGGAGCCCCUUCAGCUGGUCCGGGACUGUUCGAAAAGGCCAAGGACACGCUAACCACUGGCGGUGAAUGGAUAGCACAAAAGGGCAGAGACCUAGCGACAGGCGUGGCGGGUGCAACGACUGGGCCUUCCGGUGCCCCGCCGCCGCCAGAACUAUCGGCUGACGGUGUCCCUGUGGCGACGGGGAAGGACGAAAACGAGGUGAAGUCACAGCGUUCUCGUGAAAGUGGAGUGCUAGAAGGCAUCAACACGGGUUUUCAGACGUUCGUGGCGGGAGCAAAAGAGUACACCGCCUCUGCUUAUACUGCCGUGGCCAACCGCGCUGAAGUGGAAACAAGCGAAGGCGGAUUGUUUGACCGGGCAAAGAACACAUUCCAGUCGGUUUCUGCCAAUGUCGCUGGAUGGUUGCCAAGCAGUGGAAGCGAGACAUCAGGCGCUUCUUCGGGAGGGCAAGAAACCGGUCUCUUUUCGUUCAACAGCUUCAACAUCUUCCAACAGAAGGGUUCAGGGGAGCUUAAUCGGUCAUCAUCCAGCGGCCAUGGGCUGCUGAGUAAAGAGGGAUACGGUUCUACGGAGGAAUCCUCAGAUGAGCAUCCUCAGUUCCCAACUUUAGAGUCGCGCGGGUCAAGAGAAGGAAACAGUGGAGCUGCUGCCUCUAGUAGCGCCACGAGUUAAGAAAUGAACAUGGCGUGAGCCGCACUAUAUCCGAAAGAGUAUACCAUGCGCUGUCGACUUUAAAUAGCAAUUCCACUCCGAGGUAGAGUUCUGAAGAAUGUGGAACUUAAAUCGUGGCACAUGGCGGAGUGCUUGUUUGGUGGGUAGCGGGGAUGUGAGACAUAGCCAUAAAAUGGUGACUUGUUGCGUGUCUGUCUGAUGAUGCUUCUUGCUGGAGUAGCCCGUGGCUGCACAAGCUAGAUACUUUGAUGAAGGGGACGUGAGCAUUCUCACAGAAGUUCUGUCGAAAGAGAGACCAGUUUCGAGCAUGGCGCCGACCUGUUUUGCUCCAGGGUUUUGACAGUCGGCAGAUGUCCAGUUUCACCUCGACUGUAUGUACCGAAGUGGGUAGAGGAGUCUCAGUGUAGCGACCAGUUUUCGCUUGCAAGUUCUUGUGUAAGUACUUUCCUCUCACGCUGCUCGACCGUGUGCGUCUCGUCAGGAGAGUGCAUUUGUGUGAAACGCUUCAUCUGAACAAUAGCUCGCCGGCGCGAGGAUAUCGUGACUGUGUAGUGUAGAUCGGUUUCAAUGUUUGUGUAAGUUGCAUCCAGAUCUGUAAGUUGCACCCAGAUCAGAAGGGUGACUGAACGUUCAGUGGAAACGCUAGCGGACUAUUCCCGUUCUCAGUGAAAUUCUGGGGCUUGCACCUUUUCUCUAUACGACGAAAUAAGUCGCCCGAAAGAUGUGGACAGCAGCCCCAGUUGCACCUGUGAUUCACCUGGUGCGUUUCUGACGUAAGGUUUCAUCAAAAGCAAAUAACAGGCAAGACCGGUUGCUACCCUAAACGCAUCAAUAUUUUGCAGAUUCUUCAACCUUGAGCCCUGAACGCUGCUAUAAAGGCAUUAAACAACUUGUAGAAGCCUCGCUUGUACUCGCUGUGUUGUUUCGCCUACUGUUGAACAGCGACGCUCGUGAUGUUCACCGUUGCUCCAUACUCAUGUGAAACACUACUAAGCGUCGGUGGCGGGAUUAUAAGUACACAUCUCAUAAAAGAGUUGAUGAUGAGUGGUUUGGAAGCGUUUCGGUGACAUACGGUGGAGGAGGCAGUGAACGGCUUACCGUUGAGGUACAGGAAGAACGUCUCCAAGCUGCACAUCUUUUGAGACCACCUCAACGCAAAAAUUAUAAACACGGAUGUUCUGGUGUCGUAGGGGUAUAUACUUUUGCGGACGGGACUAGGCUUUGGUGAUGUCUUCGAGAUCGGGGUUGAUUUCCACGUAGAGAUGCGCUAUGAACGCGACAAUUUAACAAAUUGACAGCGGUUAGGUGAUGAUGGGGACACGGGAAAAUGCA